GCCUGGAGCUAGCCUGGGGGAGAGCCAGGGUCCCCCAACCCCCGGGAUGACCGAGACCAGCCAGGCCAACCCCUACAGCAUCGUGUCAUCGGAGGAGGACGGGCUGUGCCUGGUCACCAUGUGGGGCGCCAACGGCUUCGGCAACGGCAAGGUGCACACGCGGCGCAGGUGCUGCAACCGCUUCAUCAAGAAGAAUGGCCAGUGCAACACUGAGUUCGCCAACAUGGACGAGAAGCCACAGUGCUACCUGGCUGACAUGUUCACCACCUGUGUGAACAUCCGCUGGCACUACAUGCUGCUCAUCUUCUCACUGGCCUUCCUUGCCUCCUGGCUGCUGUUUGGUGUCAUCUUCUGGGUCACUGCGGUGGCACACGGUGACCUGGAGCUGGCUGAGGGCUUUGGCUGCACACCCUGUGUGAUGCAGGUGCACGGCUUCAUGGCGGCCUUCCUCUUCUCCAUCAAGACGCAGACCACCAUCGGCUACGGGCUGCGCUGUGUGACGGAGGAGUCCGGGGCCGUCUUCAUGGUGGUGGCCCAGUCCAUCGUGGGCUGCAUCAUCAACUCCUUCAUGAUUGGUACCAUCAUGGCCAAGAUGGCAAGGCCCAAGAAGCGGACACAGAUGCUGCUGUUCAGCCACAACGCCGUGGUGGCCCUGCGUGACGGCAAGCUCUGCCUCAUGUGGCGUGUGGGCAACCUGCGCAAGAGCCACAUUGUGGAAGCCCAUGUGGGCGCGCAGCUCAUCAAGCCGCGGGUCACCGAGGAGGGCGAGUACAUCCCGCUAGACCAGAUCGACAUCGAUGUGGGCUUCGACAAGGGCCUGGACCACAGCUUUCUGGUGUCACCCAUCACCAUCCUGCACGAGAUUGAUGAGGCCAGUCCGCUCUUCGGCAUCAGCCGGCAGGACCUGCAGAUGGACGACUCUGAGAUCGUGGUCAUCCUGGAAGGCAUGGUGGAGGCCACAGCCAUGACCACCCAGGCCCGCAGCUCCUACCUGGCCAAUGAGAUCCUGUGGGGUCACCGCUUUGAGCCCGUGCUCUUCGAGAAGAACCAGUACAAGAUUGACUACUUGCACUUCCACAAGACCUAUGAGGUGCCCUCUACACCCCGCUGCAGCGCGAAGGAUCUGGUGGAGAACAAGUUCCUGCUGCCCAGGGCCAACUCCUUCUGCUACAAGAACGAGCUGGCCUUCCUGAGCAGUGACCAGGAGGAUGAGGCGGACAGAGACCAGGACGGCCAAAGCCGGGACGGCCUCAGCCCCCAGGCCAGGCAUGACUUUGACAGACUCCAGGCUGGUGGCGGGGUCCUGGAGCAGCGGCCCUACAGACGGGAGUCAGAGAUCUGAGCCAACCUUGGCCGACAUGCAGCAUCCACCCCGGGCCGGGGAGAGGCCCCGCGGUUGCUUAGGGGCCCCGGGUUUG